AUGGACAUGGGUAUUUUUUUCUCGCAGAUUCCUUUGGAAAUUGGACAGAUGAACCGCGGCGACUGUUUCAUUUUGGAUUGCGGCAAGGAUAUUUACGUUUACAUGGGACCCGAAAGUCGCAGGAUUGAACGACUUCAAGCAGUUGUGGUUGCCAACCAGAUCAGAGACGAAGAUCACGCCGGAGGUUCUCGUGUUCAUGUCAUUGAUGAGUCAGCUACGGAGUACACGGAGAAAUUUUUCGAGGAACUCGGAGGCGGUGGUCCAAAUGACGUUCCUAGCGCAUCACCUAGCGACGAUGAUGCUGAGUUUGAGAAAACACAAGGGCUCACUGUCGAGUUGUCAAAGAUUUCUGACGCCGACGGCUCGUUGAGUGUGGAGAAAGUUGGAGGAAAGCCCUUGACUCAAGACAUGCUCGGAACUGGCGACGUGUACUUGCUGGAAACUGGAUCGGCAGUCAUCUACGUUUGGGUUGGACGUGGCAGCUCGAAAGCUGAGAAGCUUCUUGCCAUGAAUCUGGCUGUGAAGUACAUUCAGGAGAAGGGAUAUCCCAAAAGCACCAAGGUCGAAAGGAUUGUCGAGGGUGGAGAACCAGCGGUUUUCAAGCAAUACUUCAAGACCUGGAGAGAGCCAGAAGACACGAUUGGCCUUGGGAGGGUGUACAGCAAGCGCCAAAUUACU